ACUACAUCAAUGUCAUCACAUCUUUUGCUUACUUCUAAUCCUCAUGAACUUGUGCCUUUCAUAGAAUACACCAUUUAUGGUAAUGCCCCUAGCCAUGUUCCAAACCCAUCCAACAUGACUGAGCCAAGACUUUUUGGUACACAUAUUCCAUUCCAUGCAUUGGCCAAGUCAAUCAAGGAGUCCAACAGUAGAAUAAUUUAUAUAUGUAGAAACCCACUUGACACUUUUGUGUCUAGUUGGAUUUUCCUCAACAAAAUUAAGCCAGAACAUUUACCUGAAUUUGAACUAGGGGAAGCUUUUGAAAAGUAUUGCAAAGGGAUAAUAGGGUUUGGUCCAACUUGGAACCAAAUGUUGGGUUAUUGGAAAGAGAGUAUAGCUAGGCCUAGUAAGGUUUUGUUCUUGAAGUACGAGGAUCUUAAAAAAGAUGCCAAUUUUCAUGUGAAAAGAAUAGCGGAGUUCUUAGGAUGUCUUUUCACUUUCGAGGAAGAAAGAGAUGGGAUGAUUGAGAGCAUAAUCAAGUUAUGUAGCUUCGAGAAGAUGAAGGAAUUGGAGGCAAAUAAAUCUAGAACAUUUGCUAGGAACUUCAAGAGAAAGCACUUGUUACGAAAGGCUGAAAUGGGAGAUUGGGUGAGCUACCUUUCCCCUGAAAUGGGUGAAAAGUUAUCUCAAAUUAUGUAG